AUGAACACCAACGAAACCCAAUGGGGUCCCAAGGCAUGGCGUCUUCUCUCUCUGGUUCGCGCCCAAUCCCCUCUCAUCCAAUGCAUAACCAACUUCGUCUCCAUGGACAUCGUCGCCAACACCCUCCUCUCCGCCGGCGCCUCCCCCGCCAUGCUCCACGCCGCCCAGGAGCUCUCUGACUUCACUCCCCGCGUCGCCGCCCUCUGCGUCAACGUCGGCACCCUCUCCCCCUCCUGGCUCCCCGCGAUGAAGGCCGCUGCUCAAAUCUGCAACGAGCACCGCACACCCUGGGUCCUGGACCCCGUCGCUGCCUCCGCCUCGGCCUUCCGCUUCGAAGCCUGCCGGGAACUGCUCCGCCUCAAGCCCACCGUCGUCAGGGGAAACGCCUCUGAGAUCAUCGCGCUCUCACUCGCAUUUGCUGAACUUCACACAAACCUCUCCAAGGGUGUCGACAGUGUUCACGAGUCAAUGGAUGCAGUUGAAGCUGCAAAACUCUUGGCUCAGACAAGUGGUGCCGUAGUUGCAGUGUCAGGAGCGACUGACAUUGUCACGGAUGGAAAUCGAGUUUUUGGUGCUCACAAUGGGGUGGCUAUGAUGCAAAAAAUAACAGCAACUGGGUGUUCAGUCACUGCACUGAUUGCUGCCUUUGUUGCCGUUGACAAAGACCAUGCUUUGGAUGCGGCUGUGUCAGCAUUAGCUGUAUUUGGUGUUGCUGGUGAGCAAGGAAUGAAGAUGGCUAAAGGUCCUGCAUCGUUGCGAGUGCACUUGAUCGAUGCACUCUAUGGACUUGAUGAAGCUACCUUGAAUUCUCAUGUGAAUAUCACCCAUUUGUGUUGA